AUGCAUUUCUCUCAAAAAGUCAUCGCCGUCAUGGCAACCCUCAUGACCUUGGGUCUCGCCGCCGACCCUCUGUCUUUCACUUCAUGGCCCAAGGAGCCCCUCGAGGCUGGUAAGCCGGUCACUCUCACAUGGACCGGUGCUGUACCUGAUCAACCUGUGACCAUCCUCCUCCGCAAAGGAUCAUCAGGCAAUCUGAAGGAUGUCAAGGCCAUCACCGACGAGGCCAGGGAUGGCACCUUCACUUGGACCCCCGACGACGAUAUUAAGCGUGGUCAAACCUACGCCUUCCAGAUCCGCCAGGCUGACCAGACCAAUUAUACUGCGUUGCUCAAGUCGGCCGGCAAGGGCAAGCCAGCCGCUGAUGUCCCCGAAGCUCAAGAGGCCACCACCGGUGCUCAGGAUACCACGGUCCCUGCCACCGGCACCACCACGGCCCCUAGCACUCAGUCAACUGGCCCCAUGACCGAACCCACUCAGGAAACUCAGACCACCCUAAAUAGCACUGGCAGCCGGGCCCUCAUCAGCUCCUCCGCGACCCCAUCUGGCAGCCCAUCUAGCUCCGCCCUUUCCAGCUCAUCGGAUGUAGCCGCUGCCACUGGAACCGAGAUUGUCAACAACCAAGAGCCCUCCUCUACCGAUAUUGUAUCGACUGGCGACGCUUCCGCUCCCAAGUACUCCGUGCAAUUGGUAAUGGGUGUUGCCGGUCUCUUGGCCUACCUUGUCUAG